AGCUCUUAGUCACACAAUUGACUCGGGUGACUCAUGGGUCAUGUCUGUUUCCUUAACAAGUGGAAGCAACAAUACUGUUGAAAGAAGGCGUGAGUGACCGGAGAAAGGAAGGCGCGAGAAUGCCCUGUGGCACGGAGUGCACGCUCCCGCGCACCUGAGGAGUAAUUCGCUGAGAGGUGCUGAAAACUUUGUCCUCAUCACACGGCAGAUAUGGAACUAAACUUUCCCUCAAGGUGGAUAUUCCCAUGCUGGAUGGCAUGCAUCCUGGUUGCCUAUCAUGCACAGAACGCAGCCUCCAAGUCUCUUCAAUGUGGCGAACAGCAGUACUUAAAGGGCACAAGAUGCUGCAAUAAGUGUAAACCAGGCUUACGUGUCUUUUCAGAUUGCACUGAAUCCCAUCAGACCAAAUGUGUUAAAUGUGGUCAUGGGGAGUACCAGCCCUACUGGACCCAAGAGACCCGUUGCCUCCAGCAGAGAAUAUGUGAUGCAGGGAAAGGUUUUAUGUCCAGGCCGGAAAAUCUGGAGGCGGAGGAGCCUUGUCGCUGUCUUCCCAACUUCCAGUGCUCUCUCAUCAACUGUGAGUUUUGUGAGAAGAUCCCCUCCUGCCGACCCGGAUAUGGACUCGAGGUUGAACCAGAAUCCAGAAAUGGAAGGAAGAUUUGCGUUCCGUGUAAGAAAGGAUUCUUUUCUGCGGACAACAACACCAAACAAUGCAAACAGUGGACUAAUUGUAAGGCAGAGGGCAGGAGUGAGACGCGAGCAGGCAGCGCUCAAGCCGAUGCUGUGUGUGGACCACCAGUCUCCAGUGCCGCCCCGUCCUGGGUGAUAGUGUCAGUGUUGUCAGCCAUCACCAUCCUUUGUCUCCUCAUCCUCUUCCUCUUUUGUUAUAAAGACAAACUCAAGUUACUCUCUUUUAAUCUGCGAUCAUGUGUUCAGAACCUGAAAAGGACCAGGAUACAGCAGGAGACUUUGGCCCCUCUUUACCAAAGUGGGGCAGCAGGCGGUCUCAAAUACAUCCCAUGUGAGACAACCAAACUCUUCUGCCAAGCCCCUCACACUAAAACCGGUGACGAGCCCCCUUGCACCUUACUCCCCUGCACUCCAGCCGCUGCCGUCUCCCUCCCUCAGCCCCAGGAAAGGACCACCGAUGCGAAUGACGGCCCUCAGAGGGAGACAGUGACAGAGGGACAGAGCGAAAGUUCCGGCGGCCCUGAGGAAGUUUCCGAAGAAGAGGAACUCACAAGCGUCUCUCCACUGUUGCCGGGUUCCUGCAUAUGCAGCAUUCAGGUCCGGGAGCCUCUGGAAGUCGGGGAGAAUGAGGACUGUAGCCAAGCUGUCAGUCCAGGGACCCCCUGGACUUGCUCCUGCGGUGGUCUAUAUGCAACAAAGAGACCGGAGGAGGAGAAGAGUGCAAGAGUCAGCGACGCACACAUGGUCAAGAGUGAAAAAAGCAUUGCCUCUCUUGUGUCCUUUUCACCACCUCUCCAUCGCUCUUCCUCGGUCAGUCCUCCAUCAAGUUCAGUUCCUGAGCUUUGUGUGCCUUUGAGCAAGGCUAGGGCAAAAACAGAGUUCAAAGGUCACCUGAAAGACAUGUCAACAGUAAAGCAGAAGGGAUAUUACAGACUGGAAAGCACAGAUUCCUCCUCCGCAGAGAACAGCGGGCCCCCCGUGAUGACCUCAGUCAGCCCUUUAAAGACCUCCUCAUCGAUUGGAGAUGUCUACACAGAAAAGCCUCAGGAGGCCUCCAAUACGGAGCAAGGCUACAGAGCCUCCUGGGAGGACAGCAGAGGAAAAACACUCCUGUCGGCGGACACAGCGCUCGAGUGUCCCCCUGGAAGCCUGCAGAGUCAGCCUGCAGAACCAACUCUUACCUCAGGUCAAGUAUCGGGGAAUCACAACACGACCUUCAUCUCCAGCGGUCAGGUGGUGAACUUCAGCGGUGAUGUCAUCGUUGUUUACGUCGGUCAGACGUCUCUCGAAAGUGACGAUGCGCCGCUGGAAGAUGACUUCUCAAGUCCUGUCCAAGAGCAGGCCAAUGAGACCGCCUCGUUUUUCCAGAGUAGCCUGAGGUCAGUGGGAGACUUUGUUACCCAGAGGCCAUUGCGGGACGACACGAAGCAGGCCCAAAAAAUGACUGCGUGAAUGUCACAAUGGAAACCAAAGCAGAUGAACACUGAUGCUCUCGAAACAUCUAUCUUUUACAAACUCUUGGUUGGAAUAAAAGGGUUUAAGAAAUGCUUUCAGCCCAAUGUUGAACCGUGGCAUCUCGACGAGUCAAAAAUACACCAUUGGAUUCAUGAAACAAAUUUGAAGCUUCAUUAAGAACAUAUAGUAGGUACAUUUCAGUUAAAAGGGAUCAUUUGACACUUUGCUCGUCUGGAAAAUCCAAAUGUCUGCAAUGCGGAAGACAUGCUUAGAAGCCUUUGUAAAAUUGUAGCCAUGAAAGAAAAUAUUUUCACGGUAGGAAAUUUAAUCUACUAGCUACAUUAGAAGGGAGAUGUCAAAACUUGUUGAAGAAAAACAUGAACUCGCAUUUCUCAGAGUAACUUUCUUAGACCAAAAACUUUUUUUUUAUAUAAAUAUAUAUAAUAAAGAGACACAUCCAGUUUUGGUACGAAUCUUGUUUUCUUUCCUUGUAUGAUUUUGUUUUCAUACUGCACAAUCUGUGCAGUUUCUCUUGGAAAAAUGCUAUGCAUUUGAUAAACUAUUUUUAUUUGGAGUAUGUUUUAACAUGCAGGCUUUACUGAAGAUAAGGAAUAUGUGUUUAUAGUAAUUUGUUUGAAACAAAUUUACAAAGUUGCAUUGUAUAUGUAUUAAUUCCUACUUUUUUUGACAAAAAGCAUACUGUAUAUGUGAAGAAUGAAUAUUCCAGCCAUUUAUGUUAGCCACAGGGACAAUCAAAAGAAUUGCAACGGGUGACCCAAUGAAUAUUUUGACUGAAAUUAAAAUCUUUUGCAUCUCAACCCUUCAAA